AUGGACGCCUCCGUCACCACCCCUUUGCUCCACGGGCACGCCGACUUGGACGAUGCUCACGGGUUGCCAACGCCCGCCUCGUACGGUCAAAUCCAAGACCAUAACCUCUUGUGCUGGGUCCGAGGUGGCGUCGUCGCCUACCUGACUGCUGUCGGCGCCAUGGUCCUCGACUACAAACUACGUCAAGAGUCCCCGUACUCGAAUUGGCGUGUCGUCUUUGACUUCUCCGUCGUCACCUUCUCGUUGCUCCUGGCCUACCACGCGGUUGUUCUGGGCUGGACGUACACCCAUCUCUACCAUCCGCACAUCGAGGAAACCCGCACUGGCUGGGAAUACUGGGCAUUGAGAGCACUGUCGUUGCCCUAUGACAUGACCAGCCUUCGCAAGCAGUUCUACUUCACCAUGUUUUAUACCAUCGCUACUGUUUUCACAUUCAUGAACACCGUCGUCUACUGGUUCGUAACACUGGAGCAUGAUGACAAGAGCACUGGCGAGCCGCCCCAACCUCAGCCAUCUGGAGGCUCGGCCGUGUCCUACAUGAUUGGGGACUCCUUGGGCUACGAAUGGACUCGCUUGGAGGAUGUUCACGAGAACGGGCCACACGAACCCUUCACAGAGAUCUUUGGCAAGGGCUGGUUCAAAGCUUUCGUCAUUCUCAACCUGUUCGGCAUCACAUCCAUCAUCUCUCUCUUUGAGAUAUUCUAUCUCAACAGUAUCAAGCGUCCCUUUGCGGUCGGCGCACACACUUUGGGCGUCAUCUUCUUCGCGGGUCUCUAUCUCGGUUGGGCAGCCAUCGGCAAGCUCGAGACUGGUGCCGAUGCCUUUUACUGGCUGAACGAGAAGGAGGUCGGAUCCCGCGAGGCCGUGGUGGCAUCGUCGAUUGGAUUUGUCAUCCUUGCUCCCAUCAGUGGGUUCCCCAGUACCUUGUGA